UACAGUGACAGUGUGACACAAUUACACACGUCACAUUUUGGGGCAUAAGCAUGGGGCAUAAUUAUUUUGUUUACCGUUCGUCUCCGGUUCCUCCUUCUCCUUCCUCCCUCACUGUUGUUCUCUGUUGCGUUUUCUCUGUCUUCUCCCGAAGCCGCCACUGCCGUUGCGUGAGGCUUAGUCACUGUUCGGGUCUCAACUUCACGAUCCCAGGGAAAUACCGCCGCCAGGAGUAGUGGUGGCUUGGCCACGAUUGAGGGAACACGACGGAACAGAACGCCUCCUCUCAUCUUCGCCGCUUCGUUAACUCGGGUCGUUGCGAGCUUUCCCUUCGUGGAGGCGCCGCUUGCUGCCACCGGGUCGUUCGUCGCGGUCUUUCUCGCAGCUGCUUCGCCUACGACCGCCGCGUCCGUGAACCAGCAAGGCGGCUUUGGGGUCGGUUCCAGAUCCAAUAGAUCUGCCGCGGCUGUCCCGAGUGGUUCUGCCGUUGUGGACGUCGUCGCCUUCCUCAGCUGGUUCUGUUCUCCACCACGUACGAUCGCCGGUGUUCAGAGGUCGUGUUUUGGCAUUCAGCUCAGGCCCGUUGUUUUCGAAUCGCACGUUGUGGAGGAGACGCCUCUGCUGUUAUGUUGAACCUGCAGCAGAAGAAAAGCGAGGCUGACGCUAUUCCAAUGGCCGCUCAAGAUGAUCCCAUGCUGCUUCCCACCCUCUCUCCUCCCAACACCUACCAAGCUGUGGUCAACGGCGGCACCUUUGACCGAUUGCACGAUGGCCACCGCCUCUUCCUCACCGCUUCAGCAAAAUUGGCAAGGCAGCGGAUUGUGAUCGGAGUUUGCGACGGACCUAUGCUUGCAAAGAAGCAGUUUGCUGAACUGAUACAACCCAUUGAGGAAAGGAUACGCAAUGUUGAAACCUUCAUAAAGUCUAUCAAGCCAGAACUGGAAGUGCAAGCUGUACCAAUCACAGAUCCUUAUGGACCUUCUGUCGUGGAUAGGGAUUUGGAGGCUGUGGUUGUAAGCAAAGAGACAGUGCCCGGUGGACUAGCAGUAAACAGGAAAAGAGCUGAAAGAGGCCUUUCACAGUUAAAGAUUGAAGUUGUAGAUUUGGUCUCUGGAGGUUUGGGUGAAGUUAAGCUGAGUUCAUCAAUGUUAAGGAAGCUUGAGGCUGAAAAAGCCAACCAGCAAAGCACAAUAUCACAUACUUAGUAACGAAGAAUUUGUUGAGCUUAUACAUAUAUUAUUUUUCAAACGUAGUUUACACUUUACACUGCCCACGAUUGCAACAUGCAAGUUUAGUUUUUGUUUCAUCAGAGUUCAGAAAAUGGAGGUAAUAACAUUUUAGGAGGGGGAAAAAUAGGGAGAAACUUGCAAGUCCUUGAGAUGGAAGAACUUUUCUCCCUGCAGAUAAUAUUUGUAUCAUUGAACUUAUUUAAUGAAAUGUUAUUUCAAGCGAACGUUGAUUUUACCCA